UAGGCCCCGUGGAUGUCACGCAGGAGAUAGUGAACGGGCUAUGGCCAACAUCAUCCGCCGCAGUUUCUUACGAUAUUGCGUUACCGAGACUAUCCGGCCAAGCGAACCCUCCUUUUGGGUUCCUAUACCCUCUUGUUCUUCUUCUUCUUCUCCAACUGUCUUUAUCGAUUUGAAGAUUCUCCAUCCUGUUGAAUUUCGGAGCUGAAACAACUGGGUAUUGAAACUUGAGAAACCAUGGGAGAUGCGAUUGAUUUAACUGCCGAUGGAGGUGUGACGAAGACAAUUGUGAGGAGUGCAAAGGCUGAUGCUAUUGCUCCAACUGAUAACCUUCCAGUUGUUGAUGUUCACUACGAAGGUGUCCUUGGUGAAACUGGUGAAGUUUUUGACACUACUCAUGAGGAUAAUACAGUGUUCUCUUUUGAGCUUGGGAAGGGCACUGUAAUUAAGGCUUGGGACAUUGCCUUGAGAACUAUGAAGGUUGGGGAGGUCGCAAAAUUCACUUGCAAGCCAGAGUAUGCCUAUGGAAGUGCAGGUUCUCCGCCAGAUAUCCCUCCAAAUGCUACACUUGUCUUCGAGAUCGAGUUGGUGGCCUGCAGGCCACGGAAGGGUUCAAGUGUAAGCAGCGUUUCAGAUGAGAGGGCAAGACUUGAGGAACUGAAGAAGCAAAGGGAGCUGGCUGCAGCAAUCAAAGAGGAAGAGAAGAGGAAGAGAGAGGAGGCCAAAGCUGCUGCUGCUGCUCGUAUUCAGGCCAAGCUGGAUUCCAAGAAAGGUCAGGGUAAGGGCAAAGGCAAGGCAAAAUAGGGCCAAUGGACAUCUUUAAAAAAAAGAAAAGAAAA